AUGGGAGACUUCAACUACCCAGACAUCUCAUGGGAUAAACACUUGGCCAAAUCCGAUCGGUCACAAAGUUUCCUUACAUGUGUGGAUGAGCACUACCUGGCCCAAGAAGUUUAUGGACUGACAAGGGGCAAGGUGCUGCUGGACAUUGUUCUGGCCAAAGGGAAUGAUCUAAUCAGUGACCUAAGAAUCAAAUGGAAGUGGGGUGACAGUGAUCAUGAGUUCAUCACUUUCACUAUACAUUGCAAAGCUGAUCCUCCGUUUGCCAACAUUCAGGCCUCAUUGCAUGGUGUGUCCAUCUUCUCAAGCUUUGGAUUGGGGCGCUGGGUGGAACCAUUGUGCUGCAGGGGUGUCCCGUCCCGCAAGUAUGGAGGAGCUCCAGGAGGACCAGCAUUCCCUGGACAGGCUCAAGAUCCUUUGUAUGGUUAUUUUGCUGCAGUAGCUGGACAGGAUGGUCAAAUAGAUGCUGAUGAGCUGCAGAGAUGCCUGACCCAGUCAGGCAUUUCUGGAGGAUAUAAACCUUUCAACUUAGAGACUUGCAGGCUCAUGAUCUCAAUGUUGGAUAGGGAUAUGUCUGGCACAAUGGGAUUCAAUGAAUUUAAAGAGCUCUGGGCUGUGCUGAACGGAUGGAGACAACACUUCAUGGGUUUUGACAAUGACAGAAGUGGUUCAGUAGAUCGUCAAGAGCUGGAGAAAGCCUUGACAAAUAUGGGAUUUAGGCUGAGCCCACAGGCAGUCGCUGCAAUUGCAAAACGAUACAGCACCCAUGGAAAGAUUACUUUUGAUGAUUACAUUGCCUGCUGUGUAAAACUAAGAGCUCUCACUGAGAGUUUUCGAAGAAGGGAUGCAGCUCAGCAAGGUUUUGUGAAUUUCCAGUAUGAUGAUUUCAUACAGUGCGUUAUGAGCAUCUAAAUCAAGAGGAAGAAAGAUGAAGAGAAGCUUGAUUCGCAUUCCAGUGUGUGUUUUGCUUUGCACCAAAAACUACCAUGGCUUGUAACUAAAUAUUGGUAUUUGCAUAUUUUAUAUAAGAUUCUGCUUUAUAUACUUGAUUUGUUUGUUUUGAUAAUGAGCACAAGUUAACAAUGUAUUGUCCGCUCUCACCCUGAGCUCGUGACUUGAUUAAAGAUUUUUUUUUAAUUUUGCAUAUACUUGUUAAGUCACUUUUAUGUAUAAUCAAAUCAUGUAGAGUUUUAAGUUUUCUGUGACAGUGUUUAAUUCCCCUCUCGUGAUCUACUAAAAACUGUUCUUGGAGUUUUACUUGUCUUAAGUUGGUUUUAAACGAAAACAAAUAGAUGGCCCAUGGUAGUAUUUUGUUGCUGUUGAUAAUAUUACAGAGAACAGAUGUAUAAACUGAUGAAUUAACUCUGAGUGCAAUAUUUACCUUGUGUAUUAAGAGGAAGUGUGGGGAAAUGUAUUUCUAACCUGGGUUUUCAAGAUGGACUCUCUUCACUCUGCUUCAGCCUACAAGCUGCGCUGUUGGCACUUCCCCUAAGUGGGAAUGUGUAGAGGCUAUUCAAAAAGUCUUUUCCUUCAUUGCAAUCUCAUAAUGGGCUACCCUUGCUAUUGUAAGAAGACUCUUCAAUUUGUGCUACUUUGUAAACCAGUGCUGUUGUUCUCUACAUAUAAAGACAGCAUUUUAGUCCUAGAAAUCAGUUUACACUCUAUACUUUCAAUCCCAAACUUUGAAAGCAAAAAGCCUAUAAUCAGCUCCCCCCUCCUGAAACUAAGCCACUUCCCCAUUGCAUUUAAUGGUCACUGGAUGGAGAACAGUACAAUGAGGAAGUUUGCUCCAUUGGGAGCUAGAGUUCACACUGGAACCAAGGACCUUCUUCCCUUCCAGGCUGGCAGCUAUUUCACUGAGCUACAUACCCUCUAACUUGCUCUAUUCCUUCUAGCCCUACGUAUUUCCUUGUUUUGACUGCCCAGAGGCCCAGCUUCAAAGAUAUGCAGGAGAGAGGACUGGAUAGUGCCUAACCCUGUGGUUAUAUGCUGAAUAUUUUAUUUGAACUUUUCUUAUUUCACAAUUUGAGUAAUUUAAUGUUCCAUUUGCUGGUAACCGUACUAGCCUCGUGGUUAAAACAUUGUGUUGGGAAGUCAUUAAGAUAGAUUCAAAUCCCCUUCUGGGUUGAGGAGGUGGAGGUUGGAACCCUAGAGCCUAGACCUCCGACUUCCUGGACAAAUGACCUAGCCAACUCAGCCAAUGGGACUGAGAUAUGGGAGGGUCCUUACCUCCUCCUAGUUCCAGAUUUCUAUUUGGCUACAUUUUCCUAACUUGCACAUCCAGAAUGGUUGUACAUGCAUAGCCAUAUCCAUGCCCAGCCACUGCAUUGCUGACUGAACAUGCUCUGUCUGCAUGCAUACUCUUGUAUCCACAGUACAGGGGUAAUCAUCACAACUAGUGUGUAAGUGCCAAAAACACCACCCAUGCUGAUAGCAAACGACCACUUAGACACUCAGAGGGAAAUAGAAUUCUACCCCUGAUGAUUAUAUCAAACCGGGUCUGUUUAUAACACAAUGAGUUAGGCACCAAAUACAACCUUCUUUCUUAUAAAGAACAUUUUUAAAGUAAUUUUACUUUAGUCCAACAGGAUCCAAAGAAGACAUCCAUGUUGGUGUGAAGAAAUCUAGAAAAAUGACUGCUAUGUCUUGUGCCUGAUUCAAGACCAAUUAAAUUUCAACAGAAAUCUUUUCCUUGACUUCAGUGGGCUUUUCUUCAGGUUCUUUGUGCAAGGGUCAGAGCUUCCUCUUUAUCCUGUUUUGAUCAUGCUACCAAAUGCAGAGACUUUAAACCACCUCCCCAAAACCCUACCACCACCACACGCCAUUACCUUUUCCCUUUGAAUUAUCUUUUUCCUGGCACAACAAUACUUACGACUACAGGAAAGGGAGAAUUUGCAUGUGCUGAAGAUGAGCCCCCAUCCCCAAAAGAUGAAUAUAGCAUAUUAGACAUCUCAGUCUGGACUUUUGGGGCCUCAAUUUGUGGUACAACAUUUCACAUAAUUUAUGUUGCUAGCUUACUCUAUAAGACAGGUGCAAAUACAACUACCUGUAGGUGCAAAAUUAUGCCUGAAAAAUAAAAGUCUGAUUU